CCGCCUUGCGCUUCACGUUAUAAACAAAGCAACGUUUCUGCCUGUCACAGCAACAACUCGCGCUGUUUUAAAAAAGAGCAAAACUGUCUUUUUUUUUCUUUCUUUUCUUUUUUUGGCUGGACUUUUUGUGGAGUUUUCAUCUCAGGACAAUCAGAAACUAAAAUCAACAGGCUCUGCAGCUCUGUGAAAUGGACGACAUCCAGGUUGUUGAGUCCAAACCCCUGCUGGUUGACAGGGAGCUUCCGGGAUUGAGAGAGGCCGUGCAGCAGCUCGUUACCAAGGAGCAUGAUGUGGAGACUCCUUAUGGAAGAAUUCACUGUACGAUGAAGGGGGUCCCGAAGGGGGACAGACCAGUCAUCCUCUCCUUCCAUGACAUUGGACUGAACCACAAAACCUGCUGGGACUCGCUCUUCAACCACGAGGACAUGACAGAAAUCAUGCACCACUUUGCCGUGUGUCAUGUUGACGCCCCGGGGCAGCAAGAGGGAGCUAACACCUUUUCCACUGGAUAUGAGUAUCCUUCCAUGGACCAGCUGUCUGAGACUCUUCCACUGGUGUUGAAGCACUUUGGCCUGAAGAGCGUAAUCGGCAUGGGCAUUGGAGCCGGGGCCUACAUCCUGACCAGAUUUGCUCUGGACUAUCCAAACCUGGUGGAGGGCCUUUUGCUCAUCAACAUCAACCCAUGUGCUGAGGGAUGGAUGGACUGGGCUGCGCACAAGAUCAGCGGCUGGACCCACGCCAUGCCCGACUUGAUCAUCACCCACCUCUUUGGAAAGGAGGAGAUCCACCACAAUCAUGACUUAAUUGGAACCUACCGCCACCACAUCAUAAACAACAUGAACCAGUUCAACCUGCAUCUCUUUGUAAAGUCAUACGAGAGUCGGAGAGAUCUGGAAAUUGAGAGGCCGGUCCCUGGAGCCACCGCCAGAACCCUCAAGUGCCCUUCUCUGCUGGUGGUCGGCGACAGUUCUCCUGCCGUGGAGGCUGUGGUUGAGUGCAACACCAAGCUGGACCCGACAAAGACUACUCUGCUUAAGAUGGCUGACUGCGGUGGCAUGCCACAGAUUGACCAGCCGGCCAAACUGACAGAAGCUUUCAAGUACUUCAUUCAGGGCAUGGGAUACAUGCCAUCUGCCAGCAUGACCCGCCUGGUCCGCUCCCGCACCGCCUCCGGCUCCAGCGUCACCUCCUUCGAGGGCAACCGCUCCCGCUCCCACACCACCGAGGGCAACCGCUCCCGCUCGCACACCAACGAGGGCAGCCGCAGCCGCAGCCACACGACCGAGAACCAGCGCGGCCGCUCUCACACAGCGGGCUCAACGGACGGCACUGGCAACAGCAGCGCGGACCAGGCCGUGCCCAAGUCCACCGAAGUGUCCUGCUAAGCUGACCCUCCUCUCAACCGGACACCCAAACCUCUAAGGGUCCCUUUUCGGUUUGUGCUGCGCUGCCUCUAAUUCACACACACACACAAAUUCCUCCGCAAAUACGCUUUGGGUGUUGAGGAGGACGCUAAGAUUGCAUUCCUGGAAUUGUAAAAACGCACAAUAUGCUCUCACCUGCUGAUCAUCCAGUGCAGCUGAGAUUCCCCGUGUUGGGAAAAAAAAAAAAAAGUCUUUUUGAGUUGGAAGUAAAGGUCAGCUGUAUGUUUUGACAUUCGAAGGAACUCAAACACAUUUGAACGGAAAACGUUCCUGGACUUUUCGGCCAGGUGAGAGUGUACUUGGAGGCAACGCAGCAUUCGGGGGACACUGAAGCAGAGAAUGUCGGAGAAAGCUGUGGCUAUGAGUACACCAGCUUGUUAUGUAUCUCUCGUAUAUUCAGCAUUCCCUCAUCCUGUUUUUAUCCAUUUCUUUCUUCUGUAUUGACACAGCUUUCUCAAAAUAUACCUGUCUGUAAAUGUCUGUUUCCUGUUCUCACUGUAAUUGUUUGAUCAUUUAUUCUUUUAUCGUCCAUGUCCGGAGUGUUGUCGUUUGUACGUAGGAGCAGAUCUGUAGAUGGGAGGUGAGAGUGGGGGAGGGAGGCACUUGGAUCAGCUAUAUAAAUGGGCUCUUCGCCUCAAAUUGCAUAUGUACGUUUAAAAAUUAAGGGACAGACUUUUGAGCGUGUCAUCGGUAUGCCGCAAAUAAUAUCAUUUUGCCAGUGUCUGUCAUUUUUAACAGUUUUCUGCAUCUGUUCACUUGUGAAAUGCAAUUUCAACAAACAAACAAACAAAAAAAAAGGUUCAGGAAAUCAAAUGAUAAGUUUUAGUACAUUCUGUUGAGACUGUAUCCUUUGUCAUUAAUCAAAAUACAAAUUCAAAAGCUUUUACAUCGUAUGCUUUUAAUAAUGGAUCAUGGCUUCAAACAAAAAAAAACAACUCUUUUUUUUAUGAUGAUUACUAUGCAAUCAAGCACAAUGGAACAAAGAAGUGCCAUGGAACUGUUCACUUUUUAGAUGCGAUGCUCCUAUGUGGUUGUGGAUUUUACUGGUGUGAGGGAGGAGUUAGGUCCACAUGUUAACAAGAGGAUAGCCAUAGAACUUAACCUGACACCUUCUACUCCUGUAUCUCACUUGCACUACAGCAAACAUUUUACUUUGUAGAACAUUAUACACGGCUUUGUAAAGAUGCGAUGCACAACCGUCUAAUGCUGUAGAGAAGCAUUAAAAUGACAUAACAGUUUGUAUUUAUUAAAAAAAAAAUGACAAUAAAAAAAACUUGUAACAGA